CUGGGACUAGGAAUAAACCCUGAUAUGUAUUGAGGGACUCCCCUAUCACCUCAAAUUGCUAUAAAAAUCUGCUUGGCUUUUGCAUUUCUUCAGAAGCGCUUGGCAGGGCAAUACAGGGUACAAGGUAAAAAAGGUAGUCUGUAUCGCUCCAAAUUGCAAGAAAAACAAUUCUGGGUGAAAUAGGUUCCACUUUGGUGGGCGAAUCAUCUAAAAUAAUGUAAACUGUACGACUACAACAAGAACCAUUUCUAUAAAGAAGGAUUUCAAAACAACGACGUCAUCGCAUCGAAAUUUAUUUGGAGCAGGUUUCGUUUUCCUCGUUCUAUUCGAAUCUUAUCUUUAUCAAGGCUAUUGGUGUAGUACUCACUAACCAGCAAAAAUGGGAGUUGGAUCUGGAUCUCCAGCCCCUCUAAAGAAGGUGCAAAGAGUUCAGUUUGGGAUAUUCAGUCCUGAUGAACUUGUGAGUAUUGAUAAAUUGAUUACAAGAAACAUGCUUCUGUGAUCUGUGCAUAAUUGCAUAAAUUAUCUUAUACAUGUGACUGAAAUUUCUAUGCAAAGUGCAAAUAAGGCAUUAGUCUUUGCAUACAAUGAAUGCAAUGCAUGUAACAAGGCAUUUUCCCCAAGCGUAUAACCCUUAAUUAAAAGUGCUUACGUCACGCAAUAUUCAAUCCAUCAAAACGUUAAUAGAUAUAUGCAAUGCAAUGUGGGUCAAAUAUUCCAGACUGCAGAGUCCGGCAAGUGCACACCCGAGAUUUUUUUGGCCAAUGGUAUUGCACACUUACCACAUAUUUCAAAUGUUUUCCAGUUUUGUCAGGCAUUAAAAUAAGGACUUCUAAGACAAGUGUAAUAUAACAACCACCUGAAAAUCGGGAAUGCUGAUUCAUGGGCACAAAAGAAAAUUCUAUCUAUAGCAGAGUUUUGCGAUCAUCAGGUUGUCAUGACUGAACAAAACCGUAUAGCAUGUAAGCAUGGGCACACGAGAACUUUAAAUUGGUCUGAUCAAAUAUUUAUUGUCUGACAGUGAUGUGACGUAAGUGCUUUUAAGGUCAAUUGGCAGGUUGCAGUCAAUCUCAAUUUAUAAGACAAAGACAUGGUGGCCAUGUUGGAGGAAAACACACUCUGAAUACAAUAGCAGCCAACAAGAUCUUCCAACAUGGCUGCCAUGACUUCAAGUAUACUGUACGUAUGUGACAUAUGUGUUGCAUAUGCAAGAUAUGAACCUAUCCAGGGGUGUACAUUUAACAAAUUCCUUGGAGGGGGUGGUUGUGUGUUUUUGAGACGAUUUGGGACCGACUUUUUUGUCUCAGUAGAUGUGUAUGUGAGCCCCCCAGAUGAGCUUUGGCUUUUGGAGCAAACAUCUAAAUAAAGUUUAUAUAAUUACCCCUUAAAAUGUGUCCCAUAUACCUAUCAUAUGCAUGCGUACAUACAAAUCAUGCAUGAUGAACAUCUUGUGCUAUGUGUAACAUGUCUCAUAUACAAUUUAUAACCUGUAUAGUGUGAUAUAUGUAUACUGGUAACCCAUAUCUGAUUGUGCGCAUCAUGGCUCGAAAAAAUGACCAGCAGGUCGGUGAUCAAUUUGACUGCAUGGUCAAUUUCAAAGUGGCUGGUCAUUUUUAAAAUGAGUAGUAAACAGCAAAUACUCAAAAUGAUCCGUAUUACAGUGCGUCUACUGUAAGUGGGGCCACUAACGCCACUUAGAGAACACUAACCAAUCAUAUUGCAGAACAAAAAUAGAAAUCUAAUCAAACUAAAGCUCGUCCAAUCAAAAGAAAGCAUGGAGUUCGCUUCAGGAAGCCAGUAACUGCAGUGUUUACUUUUCAAGUCUAUUUUUACCAUUUGGCAUUUGUUCAAAUUGUUUUUGGCCUAAUGCUGAUUGGCUGAUGUACCGUUUGUUGAUUUUUUCUAUUUUUGUUCUGUAGUGUGAUUGGUUAGUGUUCUCUAAGUGGCCCCACUUACUGUAGACGCACUGUAAUUAAUGAGCGACGUAUGAUAAGAUUCAUGUUGAAACACACAAUGUAAAACAGUCACUGUAGUUAUUGUUACUACUACAGUAACAGUGUUUUGUGGUGGGGGUUUUUUUGGGGGAAUCUAGGCUCAUUAUUAAAUUAAACAUGCAAUCUUUCUCUGACAAAAUUUCAGCAGAGAUGCAGAAGAAAAAAUUUACAAUUCUAGUGGCAAGCAUGCAAAUGUGACUGGUCAAACAAAAAAGUGACCAAGAAUUAGAUACAAUUUCGGUUGUUAUUGUGAGCCAUGCACAUACCAGUAUCAUACAUUAAUAUGAUGUAUAUGAAUAGCAUACCUGCUACACUGACAGUGACAAAACACUUGUUAUAAUGCGCUUUGCACCUAUAUUUAAAUAAUUCAGGUUGACUAUCCUGCAUGCAUAUGUUGGAAACUUAAAUUCACCCUUGCAAUGUGUCCACUAUGUAGGAUUCUGUAAGUAUGAAAUGCUGUGCUGAGUGGUUAUAUUACUACCUUAAAAAAUAAGCAGAAACUCAACAUUUCGAGCAAAGGCCCUUCGUCAAGAGUUAGUUAACUUCGUCUCUAACUCUUGACGAAGGGCCUUCGCUCGAAACGUCAAGUUUCUGCUUAUUUUUUAAGGUACAGUCGAACCUGUAUUAAGCGGCACCGUAUUAAGCGGUCACCCUUUGUUAAGCGGUCAUGUGGCAAAGUCCCGAAAAUUUCAUAAUAUAAAUACUAGUUAAGUGACCUUUAUUGAACGGUCACCUCUAUUAAGCGGACGCGGUCACCCUUUCCACGGUCCCAAACUUAAUUUUUCAUUGUUUUGAAACUGUAUUAAACGGUCAGUGGAAAGUAACUACAGCAAACAUGAAACAUAAUACAAUAUAUUAUUAUAAUUAAAUCUUUAUUCGGCAAAAUGUCAAAGUUUUAAGUUGUGUUUAUCUCAUUACUCGAACUGCUGUGAUCACUAAAAGUGUCAACAGUCUUUUCAGUCUGUGUGGACGUGUUAUUCAAGCAAUUUAAAUAUUUCUUGUGUCAACUUUCCCUUCAGCCACUGACACGAAAAUGUAUCUCCAUGAAAGUGAUACUCACACGGAAUUUCUAAGCAAUAACCACCACCUCUGUUGACACGCUUUCCUUUGACGAUUAUUUUACCAGAAUUUGUCUGCCGUUUUAAAAACUUUGUCAGCCAUAGUGCCAUAAGUUUCGGGCAUCGAGUUUUGGUUCCCAGUCGUCCAUGUAUACGCAUGAUACCCCCGAAUAAAUGAACUAACUCGAAGUGUUGCUCUAUUCCUUUCAGUGUAAUUUACUUUAGUCUCAGAUUCUGCAGCAUGCAUGUUUAUACUUUAUAACCAGAAUGUCGGUAGUGUUUUUGUAAAAAUGAAUCAGCUGGUAGAUUGCCCAAAUCGCGUGUCAAAUUUCACGACACUCCCUUAUUUCAUGUUUGGCCAGACGCUGUCUGGUUUGAAAAAAUGCUUUUCUGACGAUGUCAUAUUAAAACAGUGCGAGAAGCGAUGGAAUCCAGUGAUGAAUUGCAAAAAAUUGCUCAUUGCUCGUUAUGUCAAGGGUGAAUGACUUGUUGAGUCAAAUUAAACUGAGCAGUCUGCAACAACAAACAAAAAUUCAUGACUAUUUUUCAGCGGUUUAAGCUCUGACAUUUUUAUUUUACAGUAGUACAUGUAGUCUCAACUCAGAAACAAUUCAGAAACAAUUUGCAGUUUUAUAUACUUUUUAAUUGGUUACUUGGUAUGUGUAUUGAAAUAUAUUACUGUUUAGUUCAAAUUUAGUUAUAUUAAAUGUUAUAUUUAAGCCGUGUGGUGAUUUUCUACAAGACCUGUAUUAAGCGGUCAACCUGUAUUAAGCGGUCACUUGCGAAAUCCCCGAGGGUGACCGCUUAAUACAGGUUCGACUGUAGUAAUAUAACCACUCAGCACAGCAUUUCUACAUUGGUACUACCUACACUGGUACAGACAGUUUUAGUAAGUAUGAAAUGACAUUUACAGUUUAAUUUCUUCCUAGAAACAAAUGUCAGUGACCGAGGGAGGAGUAAAAUACUCGGAAACAAUGGAAGGCGGAAGACCAAAAUUGAAUGGCUUGAUGGACCCUCGUCAGGGAUGUAGUGAUCGUUUUUCACGAUGUCAGACAUGUGCUGGAAAUAUGACUGAAUGUCCUGGUCACUUUGGGCAUAUUGAGUUAUCAAAACCUGUUUUCCAUGUUGCUUUGUUACCUAAAAUUAUUAAAGUUUUACGAUGUGUGUGUUUCUACUGUUCUAAGUUACUUGUUGAUCCGGUAUGUGUUUAUUAGUGUUUUUCAAUAUUUCCAAAAAAUUAAAUUUUUAAUCUACUAUAUUAAAUUGUGUGUAAUCAUGAAACAUUUUGAAGAUUCUAAGGAUUGUAAUAAUUUUAUGUUGACUUUCACUUUAGCAUUCUUACAGAAUAGUUCCUUUUAUUAGGAAACAUUUCAAUGUUUCCUUUCAGUGAUAUUUACUCAACAUGUUUAUUUUGUCCAAUUUGAAAUGUACAUGUAGGACCAUCCAAAGAUCAAGGAAAUCAUGUCAAAGACGCAUGGUCAUGCAAGAAAAAGAAUAGUUCAUGUUUAUGAACUUUGCAAAGGAAAGAAGCAGUGUGAAGGUGGUGAUGAGAUAGAUGAAAAACUUGAUGGGGCUGGAGGAGAUGGUGAAGUGAAGAAGGUAAUGACUGCUUAAAAGAUGGUGUUUUUAUUAAAUUAAGGUUGUUUUUAAGUGGUUUAUUAUUAUUUAUUAAUUAACCAAUUGAGUACAUGGCAGCACUCUCUCCUUGAUGAGUAAAAUUGUCUGGCAAUAGACAGAGUAAAAUAAUAAAGUAUAUGGCUCAUCAGGGUGCAUUGCCACUUCAUGGCUAUAGGACCGAUUAAUAUAAAAACAUGUUCCAACUAUUAGUUUUAUCAUGAUAAACAUGAAACAACUAAAAACAUUGUCAGUGGUUCCUGCUGUACAUGCAUUAAUUAUGAUCAUGACGAUCAUUUUGAUUGCCAUUUAGAAUGCUAAUAAUUUCAUUGUGAUCAAAAAUAGCCAAUUACACUCUAAAUUUCAAGGAGUUGAAACAAUUCCAGUUUAGUAAAUGUUUCAAACACUAAAUUUCUUUGUUAAAUUACCAAGAAUGCAAGAUUUGGUAACCCAUAGGUUAUGCUAUCUUUACUCAAGUUCUUGAAUUUGAAUCCAAGAUUAGAAUGACUCAGACAAUAGCAUUACUAAUCUGUUACAAAUGCAAAUGAAGUUUUUGGGAAAUCAAAGUGAAGCGACCAGCAAAUUAGACUUUUUCAAAGUCAGUGUUGCGGUAUCAGUUGAUCAGAAUUCCUAUUCAACUCUGUAAUAUUGUUGAGAUAUAUUGAUCAAAUGAAUUUAUAUUCAAAUUUGGUGCUAUGCAAUCGAGUGUCACAUAUCAUAGUUAAUCCAAUACCAGUAUAUGGUUUGGAGAUCUCGUUAUCGACGUUGAAUGGUCUUGUUUUAUGUAAACAUUUUGGUCUUGUUCAUCACUUGGGUAUUGUUAUUUUCAUCCAAUCAACUAAUAGCAGUCUUCAAACUAACGGAUUCUUCAAGUCAUGAAUGGAUAACUAGCCCAAAAUGUUUCGGUUGGUUAAUUGAAUACAAUACUGUACACAUGACGAGCAAGGACCAAAUUUUUGCAUAACCCUAGACAAAUUCACAGGUACGUUAUAUUGUACUUACAUCCAGUCUCCAAAAAUUCUAAUAACUAUGGUCACAUAUUGAUUGUUUCCUGCAUUUUGUUUGUAGGGUCAUGGUGGUUGCGGUCGUUAUCAGCCACAAAUCAGGAGGCAAGGUCUGGAACUGACUGCUGAAUGGAAACAUGUGAAUGAAGAUUCCCAAGAAAAGAAAAUUAUCUUGACUGCAGAAAGAGUUCAUGAGAUUUUCAAAAGAAUUUCUGACGAAGAAUGCACAAUAAUUGGUAUGGAUCCUCAGUAUUGUCGUCCAGACUGGAUGAUUUUAACUGUGCUACCUGUACCUCCCUUACCUGUACGACCCUCUAUUGUCAUGCAUGGUGGAAGUGCUAGAAGUCAGGUAUGGAAUUGUUUUUAUCAUUGGAAAUCCCAAGAUUAAUAUUCACCCCUAACGUUUUUUGAAAUGAGUAUAAAAUUAUGUAGUACCUAUUAUCAGCAAUUAACACCAGAAUAUGAAUGUUUGGACAUGGGGUCCGUAGGUGCAGUUUGUAGUUGAAGGUUCCAAUGCCUUGCUGGCAAGUAGCAAACAAUUCUGCAGAGAAUGUACUGUAUACUAAUAAUACUGUUUUCGAUCUGGACAAGUGUAACUUGCAAAUAAAGUUCAACCUUAAAGUUAAAGUGGAAGUCAAGUCCGUUCUACGCAUUGGUUCUGCUCAUAACAAUGUGAGGACCCUCUCAUGUAAACAUUGCCCAAAUUUCGAAUGUUUCGAAUUUUUCUGAACAUAAACUCUAUUUCAUAUUCAUUUAGAAGCAUAGCGAACCAAAAUGGUGUUAGAUAUUCAGACAGUACAUUAUAUUUUAAAAAAUACAGCAGUUCAAAAUGUAAACGAACCGUUUGUUUACGUUACAGACUUGACUUCCACUUUAACUUCACAUAAAGUAGCCUUGUUAAGGUUAGCAUCAAUGGUAUAUCAGUUUGUGUAUAAUUUGUGAGCGAGGCCUAAAACAACAAAGCUCUAGGAAUAAAUCAUUUUAACAAUGACAUUCACUGCAUUUCAACUAACAACAAGACCUACAUUGUAUCUUUGGAAUAUGUAUAAGAAAUUGAGAAACUUUGUUAAAUCGGCCAAGUCCAAAUACUGCUGCGAGUUAAUUGAACAAGUAAAGGUGACUCCAGCAGGAUUUGCAAGGAGGUUAACGAAGUUUUGUCACGCGAUAACAAGAGCUCGAGCCCGCAGUACAUUGUCGCUAAUGGAGUAAAACACUCAGACUUCAAAUCUAUUGCCACUGCCCUUAACACUUAUUUCGCCUCAAUCGGAAAAUCCUUAGCUGCAAAGUUUACAACUGUCUCACAAACGUUUACGGCAACUCCCACUCAUGUCCCGGAAACAAUGUUUGAGUACGAGAAUCCUAUGUUCUUGCACAACUCCAGACUUUAAAGACUAACAAGGCCAUCGGUUUGGACAAAAUAAGCGCAAGACUCUUAAAAUGUGCGUCUUGUUCAAUCAGCAAGUCUGUCACGAAAUUACUUAAUCUUUCCAUCAAGAGCAACCAUUUCCCAAAGAUUUGGAAGUGCGCUAAGGUCACGGCCCUAUUUAAAUCAGGCAAACGUUCCAAUCCUACAAACUAUCGUGAGUCCUAUUUCGGUUUUGCGGGCCUAGUACUCUAAUUAGUAAGAUCUUAGAUAGAACCGUUCACUCGCAAUUGUAUAGCCAUCUAAUUACUAACAACUUGCUCACAAGCAAGCAGUUUGGAUUUCGACAAAGGUACUCAACCAUCACUGCCCUGACCAACUUUGCGGAUGAAACUCUGAGCAACAUGGAUUGUGGAAGGCUUUGUGGAGCUGUAUUUCUAGAUUUGUGGAAGGCAUUCGAUACAGUGGACCACAGUAUCUUACUCCACGUCCACAACCUUAUAGCGAUGGGUGUGUCAUCUAGCACCGUAGGUUGGUUUGAGUCCUACCUGAGCAAUCGGAUGCAACAAACGUCUUGUGGAAGUGAAUUGUCGGACGCUCUUCCUGACACUUUUGGAGUAUCUCAAGGGAGCAUUUUGGGUCCGCUUCUCUUUCUCGUGUACAUAAACGACCUGCCUAGUAUUACCAAUAAGUGCAAUGUUUCCUUGUAUGCCGACGACACAGUUCUAUAUUGCUACGCCUCAGAUGUCAAUGAUCUUCAAAGAAAUCUUAAUGAAGAUUUACUUAAGUUAGCGAUUUGUUUAAAUGAGAAUAAACUGACACUGAAUUUAAAUAAAACUCGAUCAAUGAUUAUAGGCAGUGAUAGGAAGUUAUGUAAUAUGUCUUCGAUGUCUGUCUCUGUCAACAAUACUGAAGUCUCCAACGCCAGGAAUUUCAAGUACUUAGGAGUCACCAUCACAGCCAACUUCACCUGGUCAGAACAUAUAGAUCGCAUUUCCGCUAAAGUCAAUCAACGCCUAGGUCUACUUCGUAGGAUUAAUUAAACACCUCUCGCCUGCCAUUUAAUGCACGAAUUAUUUUUUAUAAGGGUCUCGUACUCCUAUGCAAUCUUUCAUCUUUGACUAUGCGGAUGUUAUAUGGGGAGACAAAAAUAAUACAGUGCUAAUGAACAAUCUUCCAUAACAUAGCCGCCAAGAUUGUUUUAGAUAGACCACUUUUUUCACCGGCAACAUGCAGACGCGUUAAAUACUUCGAUAAAGAUAAAACUCUCUAGUAGUAUUUCUACAUUUAGGAGAAACUUUUUCAGCAAUCUUUGAACUUCCCUUGUAUAAUUUUUAUAUAUCUUUCAUAGUUAUAUGUAGUACAUAUAUGCAUGUCUUUGUUUAUUUAGUUCAGGACCUUUCUGAAAAUCACUUCGUGAGAAAGCUUCCUGAAAAUAAAUAUUAAUUAAAAAAAAACAACAAAAAAACCCCCAACUUGAAUUGUAUUAUACUGAGUACAGUAUGUUUGUUUUCUUUUAAGGAUGACUUGACUCACAAGCUUUCCGAUAUAGUCAAAUGUAACAAUGGUCUUAAAAGAAAUGAACUGAAUGGUGCAGCCGCUCAUAUUAUUGCUGAAGAUACAAAGAUGUUACAGUAUCAUGUAUCAACGUUAUUUGAUAACGAAAUCCCUGGCUUACCAAAGGUAAAAUAGACUUACAAUCCACGUUGGAUACAUAUUUUUAAAAACUUCAUAUUCACUUAUCUUUGGUUUUGGGGAGUAAAAUGCAAACGGUUGGUACUUGUGUGAUACGAUCCCGAAAUCAUGACUUAUACAAUCCACGCUGGAUAAAUAUUUUUAAAAACUUCAUAAUUAUUCACUUACAGUAUCUUUGGUUUUUGGGAGUAAAAUGCAAACGGUUGGUACUUGUGUGUGAUAAUAGUACGAUCCCGAAAUCAUGACUUAUACAAUCCACGCUGGAUAAAUAUUUUUAAAAACUUCAUAUUCACUUAUCUUUGGUUUUGGGGAGUAAAAUGCAAACGGUUGGUACUUGUGUGAUACGAUCCCGAAAUCAUGACUUAUACAAUCCACGCUGGAUAAAUAUUUUUAAAAACUUCAUAAUUAUUUACUUCAGUAUCUUUGGUUUUUGGGAGUAAAUUGCAAACGGUUGGUACUUAUGUGAUAGUACGAUCCCGAAAUCAGGCAACCGAGCUGCAUGGCGUGACCUGCAAAAUAGAAUGUCAUCCAUAUAUUUAUAUUUAUGCAGCAUACAGCCAGUAUUUUCAUCGCAUGUGUUUAUCUUCUAUACACAGUACACACUAAAGCUACAUCGAUCGAUUGUGGAAACAUUAUUUGGUUCCGUUCACUUCAGACUGGGACGAAGUAAGAGCGUGACGAAUAUCGAAAUUUUUAAUCUUGUGCAAUCCAGUGAUCCACAAUCAAUAUUUUUAGUCUUGUCUGUAGCAUAUCUCCGGGCAGAAAAUAUUUGAUGUUUAUAUUCAUGUCGUUGUGACUUAAUCUUGUGUGAAUGGUACUUUAUAUCAAAUCCAGAUGCUCUCACUUUCCUAUUUUCCUGACACGUUUAUAUUCCGAAACUGACUUGUCUGUUAACUGCAAUUUAAUCAUAUCUGCAUGACAAUUAUCUGCAUAAAAUAUUUCAGGCAAUGCAAAAGUCAGGACGUCCUUUGAAAUCUAUCAAACAAAGAUUGAAAAGUAAAGAGGGUCGUAUUCGUGGCAAUCUCAUGGGAAAAAGAGUCGAUUUCUCCGCUCGUGCUGUAAUCACACCUGAUCCAAAUCUUUCUAUUGAUCAAGUCGGUGUUCCUAGAAUGAUUGCACAGAAUUUAACUUUUCCAGAAAUUGUAACCCCUUUUAAUAUUGAUAGGUGAGUCAUUACUUGGCGUGUAUAUACAAUGUAUUUUAUCGUAAUGUGUAUAUAAUUAUCCUUUACCAGCAGACAGUUUCGCAAAAUAUAAGAUCAGGUUUGACAAUGACUUUGAAUUUUGUUAUCUUGUUUAAAUACUAGCUGGAAUCUUGAGUUUACAAAAUGUUAAUAUUCGGAGUGUGUUUCAUCUUGUGUAAUAUAUUCAUAGUGUAUACAAAGCAUGCAGUGAAUUUAGAGAUUUUAUGCACUAACGCGGUAACGCCACUUCACAGUUAUUAUCUAUGUAUUUUAAUUGGGUUAAUGGGUAAUGCUUGUAAUGGCUGACGUUCAUAUCUCGCCAUUUUUCUUACAUGUUUAAUAUGUAACAUGCAAUGAAGAACAUUUUAAAAGCAUCUGUAAGGCGUUCUAACAGUUUCUCCCAAAUGUCUCGUUUCAUCCAGGUUAUUCAAUUUUCCUUUCCACAGAAUAUUUGCGUUCCAGAAUACUUGCGCUAUGCCGAACAUGGCAACUUUUCCACAAUAAUACAUGUGUGUGUUCAAAUUUACAGCAUGCAAGAACUGGUUCGUCGUGGCAGUUCUCAUUAUCCCGGAGCAAAAUAUAUCAUCCGUGAUAAUGGAGAUCGGAUUGAUUUACGUUUUCAUCCAAAACCCAGUGAUCUACAUCUACAAUACGGGUAUAAGGUAUGUUAACUAGUCACUGUACACUUCUUUUUUUAUUAAUUUCCAACUCAAGGCAUUCCCUAGCCUUUCAUUGUUUAUUUUGAAGUUGUUUAGGACUAAACUAAAAACACCUGUGGUUCCGGUUCCCGACCGACCCUAUUUUUUUCUGCCGACCCUAGUAUUUUUUCAACGCGAUUGACCGUGCGACCCUAUUUUCUCCGGGUGGUUGCGGGCUUCUGCCAAAAUGGCGUCUGUUGUCACACUAAUUAUUGAAAAAACCAUGAAAAAAAUAUUUAAAAAAAAAAGUUAUUUCCGACCUACCGACCCUAAUUUUUUCACGAUAUGAAACCGGAACCACAGGUAUUUUUUUUUACGCCAAGGCAUGUAAUCCCGUAUAAACCCUUCAGAGUAUAUACCAAUAGAUAAUUUUAAAAGAUGAAAGUUUUGUAAGGUAAUUUUUAAGGUGUUGAAUGAACAAUGGUGUAUAAUGUUUUAAAAAACGUCCAUACAGCAUAUACAUACUGUAUUGCAGUACAGUAUAUGCCCUGUCUCCACGAACAAAUCAUGAGAAAAGCUUACAACCGAACAUACAGCCCGGGGCUUGUAACGAUCGAUACGAAAGUGGUAAGGUUUUUGUUGUUGGCAACAAGAUGUGAUGUAACAGUUGUGUUACAGCUUGAUAUAGAAUAAGCUUCUCAUUUUCAGGUGGAACGUCACUUGAGAGACGAAGAUUUGAUCGUAUUUAAUCGUCAACCAACAUUACAUAAAAUGUCUAUGAUGGGACAUCGCGUUAAAGUCCUGCCUUGGUCCACGUUUCGUCUCAAUCUCAGGUGAGUCCUAUUUUUUCCUUGGUUCAAUUGGUUACUUCUAUACGUCAUUAUAGCAUCAUACACUGCAUCUAGUCAUUAUGUGAUUGUAGGGCGUGGAUGCAUCGUGGUUCGUCGUGGUUGUAGUAUUACCGUUGUUUUUGCUCGAUUUAUUUUGCACUAAAAUCUUACUGCUAGUCUGCUACCACAUUGGAAUCUUUUCCCACGAACACCUCUCUAAUACGGACACCUCUUUAAUACGGACAGCUAUAAAGGGCACCCUCAUAAAUAAAAAAUAAACUGACAUGUGCAUUCCCAGAAUGCAGGAAUUUGCCAUUCUUGAGAUCCUAGGUGACCUGGACACUAAACUAUGUUAGGUACUGAAGAAAUUCAAGAGUAUAGAAAUCAAUUUUCUAAAGAUACACAUGACGUUGGGGAAUCACUAGGGACUCAAAAUUAAAAUUUGCUCCUGGACCUCGACGUUUAUCAGCGGCCUUGUACAUUACCAUUGAUAGUUUCUAAUGAGGACACUUUGCUUUGUCCCUUUCGUGCCCUUAUAAAGGCUCGUGUGUAAUUAAAUAGUGUAACUUACAAAAAUGCCAAUUUCUUGCACAGUGUGACAACACCAUACAACGCUGAUUUUGAUGGCGAUGAAAUGAACCUUCACGUGCCACAAUCGCUUGAAGCACGUGCUGAAAUAUCAGAGUUAAUGAUGGUACCACGGCAAGUUAUCACACCACAGUCAAACAGGCCUGUCAUGGGGAUUGUACAAGAUUCACUCGCAGCUGUUCGAAAAUUUACAAAGAGGGAUGUAUUGAUGGAAAAGGUACAAGUUUCGUAAAAUGUACAUUUAAGCAACGUUUGGUGCAAAAUUGACAUAUCUAUUUCAGAAUAACUAAUGUGAAACUAUCAAUUCCUUAUGCAUGAUAAGUUUACGAAUCGUUGACUCGUACGUGUGGCAUACAUGUACGAACAUUUCGGUGUAACUUAGCAUAUUAACGAAGUACAGUAGCUAAGAUGUAACAAGUUUUGUUUUCAACUACUAAAAUAUUUGUUUUGAGCCAAAAAUGUUUGAUGACAGAAAUUCGCGGCAGAAAAGGGUCGCCUACCUAAACCUUUACUUCUGUGUAAUAUCAUGGUUGUCUCAAUUUCUUUUGUCUUUUCAGGUUAAUUUAAUAACUAAAUUACCUCAUUUCGAUUAAUUUAUACAAUCUAGCGGUCGUAUUAGAACUAAUACAACCUUCAAUGACAUCAUAGGAGGUAGUAUUAGCUUCUUCUCACCUGGCAUGCAAAUGUGAUCUACAUAUAAGGUCAAAACAACAUACACACGCGUUCAAAACCACAACAACUUUUAAUUCAAACACCUCAAAUAAUCUUACAUUAUUGUUUGUUAAUAUACACGUUUAAACUACCGAUAUUACAAUUGGAAAUAAACCCAUUCAAUAAACCCUUAAAUCGUUCUUCCAUCCUUCACGGCCAACUAUCCAGUCACGACUGAUAGGAGGAAAUUUCGACAACCAUGAUAUUGCAAAGUAAUAUGGUAGUGAGGUGUAUUAGCCGUUAAACCGCCCACUCGUUUCGGUUCAUUAAGUAAAUUCCUUCGGGCCUGCGGCCCUCAGGAAUUUACUUAAUGACCCUCAUCGAGCGGGUGGUUUAACGGCUAAUACACCUCACUACCAUGAUAUUACUUAUAAUAAUACGUUACGAAAUGUUCGCCACUGAAAGGGUUAAACAUUUAACUUUGAAGGAUGUCGUUAUGAAUUUGUUGAUGUGGUUGCCAAGCUGGAAUGGAAAGUUACCUGUGCCAGCCAUAUUAAAACCUAAACCAUUGUGGUCUGGCAAACAGAUCUUCUCAAUCUUAAUUCCUGGCAAUGUUAAUAUGAUCCGAGCUCAUAGUACUCAUCCUGAUGAUGAAGAUGAUGGUCCAUUCAAACACAUUUCACCUGGUGAUACCAAGGUAACAUUCUUAAUUAACUCAGUGUGAUGUAUUCAUCUAUCUGUCAUGACAUUUUUGGUGGAGGGGAAGAGGGUGAGGUGGGGGUGGGGAGGGGGGUUCGUCAAAAGUGCUAGCUCCUCGUACUGUGGGCGUUUCAGAUAUGAAUUUAAUCGUGUACAUCCGAAGCUAUAUAAACAGUAGUCCACAUUGAUGGUUUGGUUCCGAUUUCAUUUAUCCUGCAUAACCAGGUCUUCACCUUUGUUAAAUUGGGGAAAUCCAACCUGGAAUUUGGUGAGAUAUAGUCGUGCAUAGUGUGUCUGAACUACAUGAAAAAGAUGAAAAAUGUUUAACCACACACGUUUGAAGGUAGUUCAAACACAAACCAUGGCAGCUUAGUGUUAUAACACUGGACCCCUGUUGUUUUGAUAUGUACCUGUAUAUAAAGAACCUGUUUUUCGAAUUUCGUACUAGGUGUUGGUUGAAGAUGGUGAACUGCUAUCGGGAAUUAUUUGUAAGAAAAGUCUGGGAACGUCAUCCGGCAGUUUAGUUCAUAUCGUCGCGAUGGAACUAGGACAUGAGACUGCUAAGAACUUCUAUGGAGAGAUUCAGACUUGUGUUAAUAACUGGCUGUUGAUUGAAGGACACAGUAUUGGUAUUGGAGAUUGUAUUGCUGAUAACGAAACAUACGAAGUCAUCCAGAAAACAACGAAAAAGGCAAAGGUAUGGACUGAAUGAAGUGUUUUUGGUUACAUCUCGAAAUCAAACUGCAUCUAAUCCCAAACUAAACUCCUUCAAGGCCGGAUUUUGGUGGAAAUGCUGGGAGGAUUUUUCCGGACGGUACCCCCGUACGCUUGCGGCUUGGGCUGAGAACUUAGCCCCCUGAAGUCAACUACCUGACAUAUGCAUGUACUGUUCAUAGCUAUCAAUGUAUUUAUGAAUUAUGAUCGUACUACCCAUCCAAUUUCCUCCCUCGCUACAGCACUAGGUAGUUUCCUUCAAAGGGCAAUCAUUUCAUUAAAAGGGCAAUUAAAGGACAAUUUCAAUUUCUUAUAGAAGAAAUUUGUUACAAAGUGUAGAACCUAUAGGCAACGUAUAAAAAUUUAGUAACAAAAAUGAAAGUUAAUUGUUGAGUCAAAUUGUGACCAUUUGACCUUUUUCAAGGGGAGGUGCAUGAAUUUUCAGGGGAAGUGCAAAACGAUGUCAAAGAAGGUGUAAAACGAUCUCAGCGGAAGUGCGCUCCUCCUCACACAUCCCCUCAAAAUCCGGCCGUGAACCAUAUAUUGGACUGAAUAGAACUGGGACGCUACCUCCAACCGGAAAUUUGAAGCCAAACUUGAAGGCCAGUCCCAGUCUUUUCACGCAUGCGAAGAGCUCUCAAUAAGUCAAUCAUGAUAUAAACACGCGUGAUCUUAAUAAUAAUAUAAUAAUAAUAAAAUGGUUUAUUAACACAUUAUCGCACCAACAUGAUGAAUUACAACGUGUGUCACUUACCUCCAGACAUGUGUGUCUGGAGGUCAAAUUUGGCUUCAAGAAAAAGAUAGGCAGUUUAUCUGAAGGUAGCGUUCCAGUUAUAUUCAUUUCAAUGCCAUGAACUCCUUAAUAAUGUUGUCUCAAUGUCUCUUACACACAAGCAAUAACAGCCUCAACCUCGUUCCCAGGGUCUCUCCUUCUGUCAAAGAGAUCCUGGGUACGAGGUUGUAACAGCCUUACAAUGAAAAACAAUUUUUUUGUUUUUAUUAGGACGACGUUAUUCAGGUUAUCGAAAAGGCUCACAAUGAUGAGCUUGAACCAACUCCUGGUAAUACUUUGAGACAGACGUUUGAAAACCAGGUAAGGAAACAUAAACAGCGGGGAACAUCGUUCGAGGUAUUUAGUGCGUAAUCAAUUGUUUUAUUUUAUUAGGUUAAUCGCAUCCUAAAUGACUGUCGUGACAAAACAGGUAGCAGCGCUCAAAAAAGUUUGUCAGAGUUCAAUAAUUUCAAAGCUAUGGUGGUAGCUGGUUCUAAAGGAUCAAAGAUUAAUAUCUCACAGGUGAGAAGUAUUUGGCGUAUUGUGAGGGAUUAUCUAAACAACUAAACUCCUGGUCAGAUUCCUUUUUCGUAUUUGUUUUAACUGACAGUAUAUAUUUUGUAAAGAAUUGAGCAGAAAGGAAACAUUCUUGGAACAUCACAAAUGUUCACGUUAACUAAUAUAUGCUAUAUGCUAUUUAUUAAUGUUCUUGAUUUGUAAAUCCUAGGUAAUUGCUGUGGUAGGACAACAGAACGUUGAAGGAAAACGAAUCCCAUUUGGUUUUAAUCAUCGUACAUUACCUCACUUUAUCAAAGAUGAUUAUGGUCCUGAGAGUAGAGGCUUUGUUGAGAAUUCAUAUCUUGCUGGUUUAACGCCCACCGAGUUUUUCUUUCACGCUAUGGGUGGUCGUGAAGGUCUUAUUGAUACCGCUGUGAAAACUAGUGAAACUGGUUAGUAUGCCUCAAUCAGUUACCGCAGUGUAUAUAAUUUAAGGAGAAGCAACUUAAAUUACGAUGUCGAAUUUAUUGCCUUCUGUUUUCUUGCUCCUGUGCUUUAUCAUAUUGAGGACAGUUGUUACUGCUGCGUCCUCAGAUUCUUGAAGUGGAAUCAAGGGAGAUGUGGUUAGUUACAAUAGGCAGCCCAGCAUGCAUAGCAGCAUGGCUAUUUGUAAGCAUCCCGUGAUACCUUGCGGCGCAACUCAGUUUACUCAACCACAAAUCUAGACUGAAGAAGAGGUGUUUCAAACCGUAUAAAAAGUUUCGUGAAGCAUUUUAUAAUUUUUUUCGUUUUGUCUUACCAGGUUACAUUCAACGUCGUUUGAUCAAAGCUAUGGAAAGUGUGAUGGUAGCUUACGAUGGAACGAUACGUAAUUCUGUCAAUCAAGUUAUUCAGUUAAGAUAUGGUGAAGAUGGUAUGGACGCAACACACAUCGAGUUUCAAACUAUGCCUUCGUUAAAACCAAAUAGUGCAGCUUUUGAAAGAAAGUUUCAUUUUGAAUCCGGAAUUGAGAGGUAACUAGAGGGCACAUAAAUUACAGUAUAUGCACUAAUUACGCAUUCAGUUUUUUUUCAGUCCGGGAAAGCAAGGCAAACGUUUAAAUUUAUCUUCUAGUUUUCAUCCUCAUUGAACCAAAAUUUAAUCGAUUUGUCCUUGGUCUACGGCUACUAGCUCCACAAAUUGUCUAAUUAAACUGUUUGAUAGUUGUUGAGUUAUCCUGUUGACGCACACGGGAAAUUAUAAGCUUAUGCCGGAGGUUAAAAUGUACAACUUCUAAACCUCCUCAUGGAGGUAAAGAAAAAUAGGUUUAGUAACUUACUAAUUAUGAAAUGUGGUGUGAGAGCUUUAUGAGCCAAUUUUUACUGCACUGUGCAACGUAAUUUUGAACACACGUGCAUGUUGUUUAAAAAGUACAGUAUUCACGUAGAAAUUGUGGGAUAUUAGAGAGUUUAAGCUUCGCGUUAUACGGCAAACGGCAAACGCCAGGCAAAGAAAUAUUUUACGGUAUCAGGCAAUAAAGAGUAAAUGAACUUGCUGUUUUAAAACUGCAAUGCAUGAUUAUUCUUUCGACACAAGAAAGAAAAUAUGAAACGAAAUAACGGAAGUUUUGCGAAGAAAGUUCGAAUCUGCCGUUCCCGGAAACGUGAAGCUUAAACUCCCUAAUACAUUUCGUUAUUCAGAUCCCAGAAUGACGUUACGUUAAAACAACGUUUGUGUACGACGUUUUAUAAUGUUUUAAUACAAGAGUAAGGAUUAUAUCCAUCAGAAAUGACGUUGCUACUUGAAUAUAGAUUUUUUAUGCCAAACACAAGAUAUCAAAAAUUCAAGCUGACAGUAAAUUGCACAAUCUGUUAUGCGUCUUGUGUCAAUUAAGCAUGAGAUUUAUAUACAUAUUGUGUAAUUCGUAAUUUAUUUUCAGAUAAGUUCAUGCAGGAAUUAUUAAUAAAGCAGUCUUAUUAAACUAUUUUUUGUUUUCUGGUGUAAAGGAGAAUGAAGCGUUUUCUUCAAGAUGAAAUUGUUCGAGAUAUUGUGGGUAGUGCAGCGGCUCAUCAAGAACUGGAAGCUGAAUAUUCUCAACUAGAGAAAGAUCGAGAUGUAUUGAGGUCUAUAUUCCCUUCUGGUAACAGCAAGGUAAUUUUUCAAUCGAUAGAUAUUAAUGUACAUUCCCCCAUUUGCUUCGAAAAUAGCGGCCUGCCAAAAGGCAGGCCAUAUUUCCGAAAUGGCGGCAGGCGGGAAAAAGAUUGACCUGCCAAGUCAAAAAUAAAAUGGCAGGAGAAAUUCUACAAAACAAAAUUGGCGUCCAAUGGUUGAGGACAUAAUCGAUUUGCAGUUUGCCAUUUUCGGUUAGCUGUUUGCCGUAACGUUGGAUAAUCUCUUUUCGAUAUCUUUUGUUUUUGUAGGUCGCACUUCCUGUCAAUCUAAGUCGUCUGAUCUGGAACGCCCAGAAAACAUUUCAUAUUAACAAGCGGAUACCUAGUGAUCUACACCCUGUCAAAAUUGUUCAAGGUAUGAAAUAGUUUCUUUUUCUUCUUCUUUUUCUUAAACAGCCCUCUCCCAACAAAAAAUAGGGUCGUAUAAUAGAUAAGCAAACAACCCAACCAAUUCCACAACCAUAAAAGCAUUAGGGUCCACAGAAGAAAGGAGGGCCGUUUUUUGUCAGAAUUUUUUGUUCUGCCUAUAUAAUAAUACCUCCCCACAGUCGCUUACUUAAAAAAUGAUUCUGAAAGCCGUGUUUAGACGAGCAAAUGCCUAGGCAAAUAAACGAAACGCAUUAUUAUGUUCAAGAAAAGCAAAAUAUAAUCGCAUACUACGUGUGACUUUGUUAGAACAGUGACGUUUGUAAACAUUAUUACUUCCAAUAUCAUAAAAAUUUCAACCCAUCAAAAGAUCUUUGAACAGAAGGGGACAACUUUUGUUAAAUGUUAUGGAUAUUCGAAAGAUAAUGUUUUAAAUUUUUUAUACUGUAGAUGUUCGGAAACUAAGUGAAAGACUAGUGGUGGUUAAAGGCGAUGAUCCAAUAAGUAAACAAGCUCAAACCAAUGCAACGUUAUUGUUCAACGUAUUAUUGAGAUCAACAUUAUGCUCUAAGAGAGUAUUGGAAGAAUUUCAUUUGUCUUCUGAGGCUUUUGAUUGGAUUGUCGGAGAGAUUGAAACCAGGUUCAACUUGGCACAGGUGCGUAUGAAAAGUAAGCAUGAAAAUUGUGAGGAAGCAGUUGGCUGUGCGUUUGGUAAAUGGAAAGUGCAUGUGUGCAAGUUUCUAAUGCUCGUGUAGAAGUCACCCCAUAAUCUCAAAGUAACCAAGCAUUUUGGACGAAACUUCUCUUGUUUAAUUGCACUUUAAUCUAAAUCGUAUGGAUUUGUACCUAAAAUCUUACAAUAUCUUCGUAACCGUUGCUUCCGCAAAAAAAUUCGUGGAAGACUGGCUUUUUUGGUAGGAUGACAUAACCCGGAAAGCAAGAGAAAGUUUAACGCCUGUAUUCUAAAAGCACACUCAAAGAGUGGAGGUUCAAUCUGAGCUUCCCUUGAGUGUCAGUGCUGUUUUUGAAUAGCUGGAGGGUUAGCAGAGGAGGGUUAGUCUCGUACCUCACUAUGUGACUACUCUAGCUAUUCCAAAACAGCAUUGACACUCAAGGGAAGCUCAGAUUGAACCUCCACUCUUUGCGUGUGAGUGUGCAUGAGCGAGCUUUAGAAUACAGGCGUAAGUCUCGUAUCCAAUGUAAUGAUACCAAAUUCAACCGAAAUUUUAUCAAUUUGUCCGCGCCCACAACCAUAAGCUCCAGUGUUCAUGUAUACUUUCUUGACAUUCUUAAAUUAUCAUAUUGGUUAACAAGCAGAGAGAAAACAUAAGCUUCUGGCGGACUUAACAAUCGCAAUGAAAUGACAAAGUAGUUGUUUUAUCAUUUAAGGUUCAACCAGGUGAGAUGGUUGGUCCACUUGCCGCUCAGUCUCUUGGAGAACCUGCCACUCAGAUGACGUUGAAUACUUUCCAUUAUGCUGGUGUUUCUGCCAAGAAUGUAACAUUGGGUGUACCGAGGUUGAAGGAAAUCAUGAACGUAUCAAAAAAACCAAAGACACCCUCACUGACUGUGUUUCUCGUCGGAAAACCUGCUAGAGAUGCCGAAAAAGCAAAGGUAAUGUGUAUAUGUGUUAUCGAUGCCGACGUUUGUGGUAUCUGUCGAAGCUGAAACCUGAGGCGUAUAACACGAUUCAUUAAUUGUUUUAUUAUUUAUUCAAAAGAUUUAAAAGACAUCCGCCCCUGUGAGUUCUCCUCUUCAAAAUAGUGACGAGUUCUUUCGAUUUGCAGGAAGUAUUUAGAGCAGUUUCGGUUUUCAUUUAGAUCGUAUUUCCGUCUUACAUCAAUAGCAUUACGUCUUCGUGCGAUAGUAAUUUUUCAUAUCACAAUCCAUAAUAUCACGUCAUUGACGUCAAACUCCAUAUCUGGUCAGCCAUUGAGUUGAUAUGACGAUUUUACCGUUGGCUGUUAGCCAAUCAGAAAUCAUGAAUUCUCUAAAAUAAAUAAUAGUGUGUGCAAUGGUAUAUUUUAUUUUUACUUAAAGAGUUUCAACACAGGUACGAAUGUGAAAAGUUUGAACUUGCAUCGUUCAAAUCAUGUGUACCAUUGAUGUAUUUUACAGGAUGUGCUGUGUCGACUGGAGCAUACAACAUUGCGAAAGGUAACAGCCAACACAGCUAUAUAUUACGAUCCUGAUCCUCAAAAUACCGUAAUAACUGAAGAUCAAGACUUUGUCAAUGUCUACUAUGAAAUGCCUGACUUUGACGUCACGCGAAUAUCGCCUUGGUUGUUGCGUAUUGAACUUGACAGGAAACGAAUGACAGACAAGAAGCUGACUAUGGAACAAAUAUCUGAAAAGAUUAACAUGGCUUUUGGUGAUGAUCUGAAUUGUAUAUUUAACGACGAUAAUGCAGAGAAAUUAGUGCUUCGUAUCAGGAUCAUGAAUAAUGAUGACAAUAAGUUUCAGGAGGUAAGUUAUAUUUCGAUGUUCAUGGAAUUUAAAGAAAUUUUGAAUGUGUCCUGUACAACGGAAAGGACGAGAUAAAAAAAAACGUAGGAAGGAAUUUGUGUCCCGCGAUGGGACCCGUGUUUCCUUUGUAGGAACUUUGAUGCAACUAUUUCGUCUGUUUGGUUAGUUUUAUAACCACUUUCGGUUCGAUUUCACACUUAACAAUCACAAACUGUGAUUGGGCCAUUGCACGACCUCGAAUUCCAAAUGAUUCUUUAAUGUACAUGAAGAUAUCUAAUAUUGGUUUUAGGAAGAAGAACAGUUGGAUAAGAUGGAUGACGAUGUUUUCUUACGUUGUAUUGAGUCUAAUAUGUUGACAGAUAUGACACUCCAAGGAAUUGAAGCAAUCUCUAAAGUGUAUAUGCAUUUGCCACAGCAAGAUACUAAGAAGAGAAUUGUAAUUACUGAACAAGGAGACUUUAAAGCAAUACCAGAGUGGCUGCUGGAAACGGAUGGUGUUAGUUUAAUGAGGGUAAGUAUUUCAUGACUGAUUAAGAACAUUGGAAUUAUACUUUCCCAAAUUUGCCAUGAGAUACGGCAUGCUAAUUGUAGUGAUGAUUUCUUUUUCUUUUGCAGGUUUUAAGUGAUCAAGAUGUAGAUCCAAUCAGGACGACUUCAAAUGAUAUCUGUGAAAUAUUUUCUGUAAGUAUAUUUUUAAUUCACCAAAUAACAAAUAGAAGAUUGAUUUCAACCUCGAUAGAACAGUUUCAUAUACGGUAACAAAUUACAGGGGCUAUUUAUAUGACGCCAGAACGGGAAUGAUUUUGAUGUAUUGAAAAAGUCACCACACACUUGGUUAUACAAAAACGUUAACGAUGUUUAAAGGGCCUGAAAUUAUGUGGAUAUGUAAACACUACUUCCCCUUUACAGUUAUAUUCUGUCAUCUGAACUAUACGACAAAUUGAAAAAAUAGAAGAUGCGUAGCCAGGUUGAAACAUUAUUUAUUGAGCGUUCUCUGACUUAAUAUUUAUUUCUACGAGCUUUCGGCUAUCAGUCUAUAGCCUUCGACGGUGUUUUUUUUUGUAUACACCCGUCGAAGGCUAUAGACUGAUAGCCGAAAGCUCGUAGAAAUAAAUAUUAAGUCAGAGAACGCUCAAUAAAUAAUAUACGACAAAUAUUGAAUUUUGAAUGAUUAAUUAAUUAUAUGUGAAAUAUUUCCGUACAUCAUCUAGCCUGCGUAGCAGCCGGUUACAUCAUCCCGCCAUAUCUCAUCCCAACCAUGUAAACGGGACCUAUAACGGUUUAAGACUUUCUUCUAUUCAACAAAUAGUUUCCAUGUAGAAAUCAUGUUUUAAUCAAUAUCAAACAUAUCUUUGUUCUUCUAGGUACUUGGUAUCGAAGCUGUACGUAAAGCAGUUGAACGUGAAAUGAACCACGUCAUCUCAUUUGAUGGCUCCUACGUGAACUACCGUCACUUAGCCUUGCUAUGUGACGUCAUGACUAGUAAAGGACAUUUAAUGGCCAUCACUCGGCAUGGAAUAAACAGACAGGAUUGUGGGGCCCUCAUGAGAUGUUCGUUUGAAGAAACUGUAAGUAUUGUCUGUAUUCAAUUGAACCUUCCCCAAAUGUUUGAGUGCCCAUGAGAGAAUGGAAUUAGAGUGAGGUUUAAGCUGGCAAUGAAAACGUUUCAUUUUACUAAGAUCUUAAUGUCAGCCUCAACUUCAUGCUUCAAUAUAUUGUUUCACUCAAAUACAUUUGAGACGUCUAUGUUGUGGAUCUGAUUGCUUCGCAUGAUGCAGUACGAGAGCAUCUACAGUAUCGCCAGGUAUGAAUGAUCAUUCCAACAUGCAAUCAUAUUUGCAUAAAGAGAUUCGAAUAAAAAUCGUAAAUGAAUUGGUUUUUACGUUGUAAGUUAAGGAUGAAAAUAAUGUGCAUGUAACCACACCUUUCAUACUACAUUUGAGUGGACUAGAAACAUAGCUGUUUAAUAGUGGAACUUUUUACGUACUAAAAAUUUGACACUGAUUCGGUUAUCUCGAAGCCCCGCUAUCUCCCAAGUUUUUGUUGUUUUCCUUGGCUGUUCUAGAUAGCGGGAUUCUGCUGUCAUUUAAUUAAUAUUAAAGGGGAAGUCAAGUCCGUUCUGCGCAUCGGUUCUGCUCAUAACAAUGUGAGGACCUCUAAUGUGAACAUUGCCCAAAUUUCGAAUGUUUCGAAUUUUUCUGAACAUAAACUCUAUUUCAUAUUCAUUUAGAAGCAUAGCGAACCAAAAUGGUAUCAGAUAUUCAGACAGUACAUCAUAUUUUAAAAAAUACAGCAGUUCAAAAUGUAAACAAACCGUUUGUUUACAUUACGGACUUGACUUCCCCUUUAAUUAAUAUUAAUUAAUAUUUAUAAUAUAGCAUUUGUAAAUUCUGAACGCUGAUUGGUUAAGAGCCGUGUUGAUAUAACUCAAUGUCAACACGGAAAUUCCCACUCGUGUUGAUAUAACUGUAUAUCAACACGGAAAAUGUUUUAUAUUUGUUAAAUGUCAACAUACUAGGUCGACGUAUUGAUGGAAGCAGCUUCCCAUGGCGAAGUUGAUCAUUUACUGGGAGUCAGUGAAAGUAUCAUUAUGGGCCAACUUCCAAGGAUUGGUACUGGAUGUUUUGAUCUUAUGUUGGAUGCUGAGAAAUGUAAAUAUGGCAUGGAAAUACCAACUCACAUGGUCGCCAGUGGCUUGUUUGGAAGUGGACCAAUGGCUGGUAAGUUUGCGAGCACAUAAUUUCGUGUUUUGUAUAAACCUUUUACGAACGUUUGACUACACCAAAAGUUGGACUAAAUUAUCGUUCGAAAGAGAUCAACUGCAUUCUUGAAAACUGCCACUUCAUCACAUUUCUGCAGCUUCUGCGCUUGCAAAUUAUUGAGGGUUUAAAAUAAGUUACCGUUGGUACGUAACUUGUAACUACAAUCGUUACAUUUAUUUAUUUAUUUAUUUGUACGUAUAUUUCUCCCUUUGUUAGCAUCUGGAAUGUUCUUUGGCUCAGCAAGUUCUCCUACGUCUGCUAUGUCACCUCAAAUGACACCGUGGAACCAAGGAGCAACUCCAAGUUAUCAAGAUGCUUUUAGUCCAGGCAUGGGUAGUGGUAUGACUCCUGGAGCUGCUGGAUUUUCGCCAGCAGGUUCAGAUGCCAGUGGAUUUAGUCCUGGUGGAGGGUUUAGUCCUGGUGGUUGGAGUCCAAAUCCUGCCUCACCUGGUUCACCUAUUGGAGCUGAGAGUCCAUAUAUUCCCAGUCCAGCUCACGGUGCUGCAAGUCCAAGUUAUUCACCAGCUAGUCCAGCAUUCAUGCCAAGUUCACCAUCUAUGUCACCUACCAGUCCAUCUUACUCACCAACCUCACCUGGUUAUUCCCCCACAUCUCCUAAUGCUGGAGGCUUCACCCCUGCAAGUCCUAGCUACUCUCCAACUUCACCGUCCUACUCUCCAACUUCACCCUCCUAUUCACCUACUUCACCAUCAUAUUCCCCCACGUCACCUUCAUAUUCUCCUACAUCUCCAUCAUAUAGCCCUACAUCACCCUCCUAUUCGCCCACCUCUCCAUCAUACUCUCCCACAUCACCUUCAUACUCGCCAACUUCACCCUCUUAUUCUCCAACCUCCCCGUCCUACUCCCCUACAUCUCCCUCGUACAGUCCUACAUCUCCGUCGUAUAGUCCCACAUCACCAUCUUACAGUCCAACCUCCCCCUCCUAUUCACCCACCUCUCCAUCGUAUUCUCCCACCUCUCCCUCGUAUUCUCCAACAUCUCCGUCGUAUAGUCCUACAUCACCUUCCUACUCACCAACAUCACCAAACUACAGUCCUUCAUCUCCAUCAUAUUCUCCAUCUUCACCCUCCUAUUCCCCCUCUUCCCCAAGUUACACCCCCGAGUCAAACAGGAACUAUUCACCAUCAUCGCCAUCAUAUUCACCAAGUUCUCCCAAAUACUCGCCUUCCUCUCCCAGUUAUUCUCCCACCUCGCCAAGUUACUCCCCAACUUCUCCAAAAUACAGUCCGACGUCUCCAACAUACUCGCCCACCUCCCCGUCGUAUUCACCAACCUCUCCGAAGUAUUCUCCAACUUCACCUACAUAUUCUCCAACAUCUCCCACUUACUCGCCAACAUCACCAAAUUAUUCUCCUUCACCACAAUAUUCCCCAGCAUCACCUCAAUAUUCACCCACCUCGCCCCAAUAUUCCCCAACCUCCCCCCAGUACUCCCCAUCUUCUCCUCAGUAUUCACCAAGUUCUCCUCAAUAUUCCCCGAAUUCUCCAACAUCUCCCCAUUACUCUCCAAGUUCACCUCAGUAUUCCCCAUCAUCUCCAAAUUAUUCUCCCACCUCUCCACAAUAUUCUCCGGGCGAUGACUAUAGCCCAGUUGCACCCAGAUAUUCUCCUUCAUCUCCAACAUAUAGUCCUUCAACACCAGGUGGUGCCUCAAACGUCUCCCCACAGUACUCCCCCUCGUCACCACAGUAUUCUCCAUCAUCUCCAAGCUACACACCUGCUACACCAGGGUACUCCCCAGCGUCCGCUUAUUCUCCGUCUAGUCCUGUGUAUUCACCUGAUGCCGGUGAAGAUCAGAAGAAGAAAAAGAAGUGAUGUCUUGUCAAGUUACGAGCAUACUUUGUGAUAUAAGAGUACAACCACUAUACAUAGUAUUGCAUGUUUAGUAUAAUCGAUAUAUAUUGUUUAGUGUAGAUGUCCUUGGUCAAGGACGUUGGUAAAUCACCUUCCACAGCUUUAUGAACGUUGUCACCUAAUUCAUUUACAGAAUAUAUAUAUAUAUAUA